AUGCCAUCAGACGAUUUCGGGAGACAGGAUCGUACAACCGCAGGCCAGGUCAAGGCCGACAACGAUGCACUUCAGUUCGAGAUGACCGCUUCAUUGCCACCACAAUUAUUUUGGGUAUUAAUAUUUGUAACAAAUUUUGGAACCAUGUUACUGGUAUUUUGGAAUUCCUAUAAGCAGUUUGAAGAAAGUGCAGUGAGUUUUGUCACUGAAACUACAUACCUUACAUGGAAUACAACUUUUCCUGCUAUUUCGGUCUGUCCAAUUGCUGGUGCUGAACCCGAGUGGUUUGUUGAUGAAGAAAUCGACGUGCAGAAGCAGUUUAUAUCGGAUGUCGUUUAUUUCACUGGAAAUUGCUACUCUUGUUACGAAGAAUGCGAAUCAUGCAAACACAUGAAUUUUACUCAAAAAGUUCUACGAUACAGAAAAGAUUGCACUAGAUUGAUUUCAUCGUGCAGAUGGAAAGAUGCAAAUUUCAGCUGCUGCGAUCACUUUUUACCUGUCGAGACUGAAUACGGAAUAUGUUACUCGUUUAAUUCAAUGCAUACUAGCAAAAAUGGAAAAUCUCAAUUGGAUUUAACAAUGAACAGAAAAACGGGACCUGGGGAGAUUUGGUUACAGGCAAAGGAAGACGUUAGGGUAUAUUUCCAUGCACUCGAAGAUGUUCCGUUUAUAAAUUCUGAUCCAGACCAAAGGAGAGACGUAAUGUUGGGAGAAUCUGUAAACAUUACUAUAAGCGUAAUAGAAAUUGACAACGACGAAAACGUAAAAAAUGUACCAGUAUACAAACGCGGCUGUAAAUUUCCAUGGGAAAACGAACAUAUAAAUGUUCAUAAAUAUUAUAGCUACUCAACUUGCGUUGUGCAGUGCCAUGCAGAAAACCAUGUUAAACUGUGUAAUUGUACGCAUCAUUUAAUGCCUUUUUACAAUAAGAUUACGAAAUAUUGCGAUGUUGAUGGCCUAAAAUGUCUAACAGACAAUUUUGAAAUUGUGAAUCGUCUACAUGCUAAAGGAACUAGUUUACGUAAACCUGGAUUAGUAUGUGACUGUUUACCUUCAUGCGUAGAACCCGAAUACAAAGUGGUUUCUAUUACAAAAGGAUUGAAAUCUGAACAGAGCGAAAUACUUAUAAACAUAAUUGGCUUGCCCAGUACUCGAUUUAAACGGAUUGUUUUGCGAACAACAUUGGAUUUAGUAGUUUCCAUUGGAGGAGCGGCUGGUCUCUUUAUUGGGGCGUCACUUUUAAGUAUUGUAGAAAUUUUAUAUCUACUGUGCUUUGGAGAACCAAAGAAAAGCAGAGAGAAAAAAUUAAUACUCAAGGUGAGAAACGUAGAAUAAAUUUGAACAGAUAAUUAAUUCAAUAAACAGAAUAUAUAGGUCCUUCUUGAGUUCUGUGUAUUAAACUGUAUCUACACUGAAAAUAUUGUAUGCAAUAUAAGUAAUAAGGGAGAGUCGGCUAUUGGUGCGCACCUAAGGCAAAUUCAGGAUAUUGCAAAAACUUAAAGCAUUUCAGUUUCCAACUUUUUUGAAGAUAUUUAUACUUCAAGGACCUAGGUAUAUUUGUAGAGACCCCAUUCAAUGAAUAAUUGAACAGUAAAUUACCCGACUUGUUCAGCUAAUGGUGCGUAUAUGUCAGAUAACUGUGCGCAAUAAUAAACUUAAAAAUGACUUUCCAAAAUGUAGUUUAUUGAACAUAAAUAUUAAAAAGACAAGCAAAUAUUCGGAAAAAAUAAGAAACCAAGUUACAGAUAUAUUAAAAAAAAUGUAAGCAUCGCAGAAGUCACAAAUAUAUCCUUCUGGACUAUCCUCUCCUGUCUUCUGCUAUCUUCAGAAAUCUUCCUUUUUGUACCUUUUUUUCAAUUUCGUUGAUUUUUUUGUCCUUUGUGCAUUUUGACAGUUGUUUAAAUUGAAAAAGACUGUAUGACUUUUACGCACUUCUAAAUAGGUCAAACCGGUGUAUGUUCUCAAAAAAAUUGAUAGUGUGUAAAAUUUUUUUAUUAAUUAGCUAAGUACAUUCAGCAGAUCACGUGCCAUCAUCAGAGCUUCGGCCCACUUGAACUCACAAUGGUGUAGCGCACCUAUAUUGUCUUUUCAAAAAUAAAAAAGAAUUUAGAUGUGAUUUUAUUAAUUGUAAAGGGUUUUUACACCCGAGAUCUGUGGCUUAGCCCAGUAUCUAUACAUUUUAAUGUGUUGUUUGGCAAUUACUCUUUUAUGAAGGAUUUAUACCUAUAGGACGAAGCUCUGAUGAUGGCACGUGAUGUGCUGAAAGUAUUUAGCUAAUUAAUAAAAAAAAAAUUUACACACUAUCAAUUUUUUUGAGAACAUACACCUGUUUGCCGGUUUGACCUAUUUGUUUAAAUGAUAUUACCUUUCUUUUCUUUUUUAAAUUUCCGUCUCAAGUUUUUCUGUUAGGAAUUUCUGUUAAUAUCUGAGAUUUUUGUUUCUUUCCGGCAAUUAUUUUUUGUUUGGGGCGGUGGUUUCCGAAGCGGACUUAGAUUUUCCAAAAUGCUGCUCCUGGAUGUACAAACUUGGAACUGGAGCGUCACUAUUUCUUGUAUUAUUAUACCUUGUCGGCUAUGGUGCGUAAUGCGUACCAUUAAACAAACUUCCACUUCAACACAAAAUUUGAUAAAAACAAAAAAUAAUCGGGAAAACUAACUAUACCAGUGUCUAAAAAUAUUUCUAUCAAGAAAAAAUGUUACCGCUUUUUUUAUCAGACACACAGACAAUAAGAUACCACCCAAAAACAUGUAAACGAUAACUGCCAACCGGUAAAGUAUUCCUGACGGUAGUUUGUGUGGGAUAGACCUGGCAGUUCGUAAUAAUAUGACGCGUCAAUUUAGUUUUUACAAUUUUAUUAAAUAGGAGAUUAGAAACAAUGAUGCGCACAAUUACCCGACGCGCACCAUUAGCCGACUCUCCCGUAGUUAAUUACAAGUAAGU